GAGAGCCAUCGGGAAGCGACCCUGCCAGCGAGCCAACGCAGACCCAGAGAGCUUCGGCGGAGAGAACCGGGAACACGCUCGGAACCAUGGCCCAGACACCCGCAUUCAACAAACCCAAAGUAGAGUUACACGUCCACCUGGAUGGAGCCAUCAAGCCAGAAACCAUCUUAUACUUUGGCAAGAAGAGAGGCAUCGCCCUCCCGGCAGAUACAGUGGAGGAGCUGCGCAACAUUAUCGGCAUGGACAAGCCCCUCUCGCUCCCAGGCUUCCUGGCCAAGUUUGACUACUACAUGCCUGUGAUUGCGGGCUGCAGAGAGGCCAUCAAGAGGAUCGCCUACGAGUUUGUGGAGAUGAAGGCAAAGGAGGGCGUGGUCUAUGUGGAAGUGCGCUAUAGCCCACACCUGCUGGCCAAUUCCAAGGUGGACCCAAUGCCCUGGAACCAGACUGAAGGGGACGUCACCCCUGAUGACGUUGUGGAUCUUGUGAACCAGGGCCUGCAGGAGGGAGAGCAAGCAUUUGGCAUCAAGGUCCGGUCCAUUCUGUGCUGCAUGCGCCACCAGCCCAGCUGGUCCCUUGAGGUGUUGGAGCUGUGUAAGAAGUACAAUCAGAAGACCGUGGUGGCUAUGGACUUGGCUGGGGAUGAGACCAUUGAAGGAAGUAGCCUCUUCCCAGGCCACGUGGAAGCCUAUGAGGGCGCAGUAAAGAAUGGCAUUCAUCGGACCGUCCACGCUGGCGAGGUGGGCUCUCCUGAGGUUGUGCGUGAGGCUGUGGACAUCCUCAAGACAGAGAGGGUGGGACAUGGUUAUCACACCAUCGAGGAUGAAGCUCUCUACAACAGACUACUGAAAGAAAACAUGCACUUUGAGGUCUGCCCCUGGUCCAGCUACCUCACAGGCGCCUGGGAUCCCAAAACGACGCAUGCGGUUGUUCGCUUCAAGAAUGAUAAGGCCAACUACUCACUCAACACAGACGACCCCCUCAUCUUCAAGUCCACCCUAGACACUGACUACCAGAUGACCAAGAAAGACAUGGGCUUCACUGAGGAGGAGUUCAAGCGACUGAACAUCAACGCAGCGAAGUCAAGCUUCCUCCCAGAGGAAGAGAAGAAGGAACUUCUGGAACGGCUCUACAGAGAAUACCAAUAGCCACCACAGACUGACGCAGGGCGGGUCCCCUGAAGAUGGCAAGGCCACUUCUCUGAGCCUCAUCCUGUGGAUAAAGUCUUUACAACUCUGACAUAUUGACCUUCAUUCCUUCCAGACCUUGGAGAGGCCAGGUCUGUCCUCUGAUUGGAUAUCCUGGCUAGGUCCCAGGGGACUUGACAAUCAUGCACAUGAAUUGAAAACCUUCCUUCUAAAGCUAAAAUUAUGGUGUUCAAUAAAGCAGCUGGUGACUGGUAUCUUGCAGCACAUGGUGAAUAUGGUCUCGGGGCUGCUGGCUAGGAUGCUAAGAAAGGAGGAGCCCUGGGCCCUACGCUGAGUGUCAGGCUGGGGAGCCAGGGUCUCUUUCCUGCAGAAGCGAUUCUUUCCCAGAGGGGCUGUUGGAGCAGAUGCUCCUGAACUCUCCGCCCCUUUAACCAGUCCUUUGGAUUUAUUUUUAUUAUUUUUAAAUAUUUAAUUAUGUUUAUGUAUAUGGGUGUUUUGCCUGCUUGUAUGUAUAUGCAUCAUGUGUGCCUGGUGCCAGAGGUCAGAAAAGGGUACCACCUCCCCUGGUACUGGAAUUUAGGUAGUUCUAACCCACCAUGUGCCCAUGUGCCCACCAGUGGACAGCAAGUGAGAGCCGACUCUCUCUUCCUACCCUGUCAGCCCCAGGGAUGAACUCAGGCUGCCAGGCUGGGUAGUAAGUCUCUACCCACUGAGCAUCUCACAGGCCCUUUUCAGGCUGUGGCAGGUGUGGGCUGUGGGUGGGUGAGGUGAGGAAGGACUCAUGAGAUGCCACAUGAGGGGUUGUGCUGGUCACCACAGGAUAGAGGGCAGCAGUGGGGCCCUGCAGGGUGAGGAUGUGGGGAUGCAGAGCCCAGCUGUGCAGUUGAUAGUUAAAAGAAAAGAUCAUAAGCCAGUCACACAAACCACCAGCAUUUAUUUCCUGGGCCUAAGUAUCAGUCUCUUGGUACAAAGGGCAAAGAAUUGGUCAGUUAGUUUUGAGUCCAAAUCCUUUCCCAAAACUGGAUCUGUGAGGCUCCAUGAGGAAACUUAGAGCUGCAUAGAUCAUCAGAACUGAGCUUUAAACGGCUUUCAAAACAAAACCAAAACCAAAAACCAAAACAGAAGAAAAGUGAUUGUCAGCUCCCCUCUCUCUCUGAAAAAGUUAUGUUUUUAAAAAAUGUAAAAGAGGCUUUAAAAAAGGGCUAGGAAGAUCUUCCUGACAGACAGGCUGGCUGGAGGGUGAGUGGUGACAGGACAGUCCCUGUCCAGGUGGCGGCUGCUCACCUAGGGGCAGGGCCUGGCUCGAGCCCCGCCUAGCUGAAUAAAUAACAUCUCAUGGUGCUGGUGUCUUCAGAGUGAACCUGGGCACCGUGGGGAGGUGGGGAAGGGUGGAGCCUGUGCUGUGGGUGGAGGACUUGGCUGGAGUGGGGGCCACAGAGGACUCCAUGAGGCUCUCAGUCCGCCUGGCUGGCCAGGGCUCCAGUCCGAGAGGUACAGCAGGUCUCUUCCAGCCUUGCGACCACAGGCAGACUCAGGAUGAGGUGUUCGCAUCACUGCUCUCAGGCUGGCUGCUGGCUUCCUUGUCGGGGGUACUUCCCUCUGCCUGUCCUUCUGCAGGGGAAAAGAAGAGUGCAUUUUCUUCUUUCACCCAUUUACAUGUGAGAAGCACAGGGGGCCUGGAAGGAGCAGCCACACUGAUGACCGGGGCCAGCCUUGGAAGUAGGCUAAUGGGUUCGUUAGGGAGGGCGUGGCCAAGGCCGGAGAGACAUUUAACCUGCUCUCAGGUCUCCUUUUACCAUGGGAAGGCUGCCAGGGCUGCUGGUAUACUAAAACUCAGUACAGGUCAGGACUACAGACCUGCUGAUCAGCAUGUCCUCUCUAGAGGGAGAAUGUUAAGUUCCCAGCAGGACGUAUGUGCUUAGCAAAUGGGAGUUUCCUCAAACACCAUAUAGGAGCUGAAACCAGUGGGCAGCUCAUGCGUGCCCACUGUGGCCUGCACAUCCUAAGGUAGAGGAUACCUGACUCUGAAUACCACUGGCAGCAUCCAGCCCUGCUCUAUUCCAGCCAGCCAGAAACAUGGGCUGGAAUAAGGGACAGCAGCAGGCUGGGGAGCCACCUGGCCUGGCCUCCAAGUCCCUACCUGAUCUGGUCCUCACUCGAAGCUUCUCUGAAGCCCUGAUGGAAGGUGGGACCAGCAGCUUCUGCCCCACCCACUUGCUAGCAGCUUGUAUUGUUAUUCAGCCCUCUCAGGGCCAGCAUCCUCCACAGAUGCUGGUUAUGGACAAAACUCAACCAGCAAUGCAGUCUCAAGCCCCAGGGAUCUUGGUGCCACUGAAGGUGCAUGUCAUUCUGCCAUUAGGCCUGUCUUUAAGUCUAUGUUGAGCUCUGGGUCUGGAAUUCUGUCAAACAAUCCACACAGCAACCUGAAGGUGUGGUUAAGGUCAUGACACCCAUAAGGAAACAAGCUUAGAGGGGCAAGAUACCUGCAACCAAAGGGGAGAGCCUGCUUACUGCUGAGCCCCACUUCUUCCUCUAAGCUGCAUUCUCCUGCAUUCAUAGAGGCAUGUUGGCAGGACGGCCUCCCAUUGCCCUACACAGCAGUCUUUGGCUCUGAGUGCUCAUGGAAGUAAAUAGUGUGGACAGAACUUGGUACUGUGGCUCAAGUAUGUGCCAAUCUGAGCCUGCCUGUCCUGAAGCGGCCUCCUCUGAGGAUGGGGGCUGAACCAAGAUUCAGCCACAAAGUUCUCCUGGUCUCUGGAGGCCUAACACCCCUGAGGUACUAGGUUCAUUUGUGAAGCCCCCGUGAACUGAGACCCUUUAAAUCCCCCAUUGUCUCUGCUGUUCACUCCACUGCUCGAGACUACAGGCAAGGCACUUUAUAGUAACCAACCUGGCAGGGAUGAAGAUAUCCUGAAGAGACUCUGUCCUUCACCUUGGCUGUCAGACUAUUGAAACAUUGGGCCCCCAAGAAAUUAUAUAUUCCCAAGGAUCUCCUGCUGAAGAAGAAAAGCCUGAGCCUGAGCCAACCACGGGGACUUUUCUCCAGGAAGGGGUUCUGUGACUUGCCAGUGACUGAGGAUAGUGGGCCCUGGACAAUGAAGGAGCAGUGAUGGGCAGACCACACCUUGUGAGGACAGCCUGGGUGUGCACAACGCUGGCCUCUACUUAAACCUACCCUCAUGGCAGAGCCCAAAAGAUGAACUUGGAGGGAUCAUCUGACCUCUCUGUCCCUCUUCCCAAUGUGGCCAUGCUGAAUAAAUUGCCUUUUGUUGUUCUUCAUUUUAA